AUGAUUAGGAGACUUUGCAUUUACUCCAACUCCGCUGUGCCCACAGGCUGGUGCUCAAAAUCAUACCCCCUCGGGCCUUGCGUCAUUCCCUUUUCUGGAGGUGGUUCGAACAUCGGGUACCUAACUGACACUACAGACGAACCCAGAACUGGGAGGACGAUCCCAGUAAUCAUCGGGAGAGGGAUAUAUGAGAAUGAUAGCAUGCUGGUCUCUAAAAAGAGACAAAGUCAGCAACAGAUUUGGCCUUCAUCUGUCCUACGUGAUAUUCCCAAGUAUGAUAACUGUGGUCCUAGAUCAAGUGCCAGAGUGAGGUCGAGUCGAUUGGAAACUCGUUCUCUUUCCAACUUGCAUUCCAUCCCUAGGCAUACGGCCGAGAAGGUGCUACCAACGCCCCUCCUGUCCCUGCUACUAUUCAAUGCUAGGUCUAUUGUCAACAAAACUGCUACCCUCUCUGACUUUAUUCUCAAUCAAGCAGCGGACCUGGUUUGUAUUACAGAGACCUGGAUCCGUGAGGGUGAUAACAUUCCCUCACAUGAACUGACACCUCCAGGCUUCCAGAUAUUUCAACAGCCACGGAGUGGGGGUCAGGGUGGAGGGGUAGCAAUACUCUCCCGUGAUUAUUUUACCAUCAAAGCUAUUCCAACUCCAAAGAUAGCUGGUAUUGAGUGUGUUGGUGUGGUCCUGGUUAGCAGGGAAUCCCUAGCCAUUCUUGUAGUUUACCGCACGCCUGGGUCUCCGGGAGAGAGUCUGCUGAAUUUAUUAGAUCUCGUGGCGGACUGGGUCCUGAAGUUCCCCCGACUUAUUGUUCUGGGUGACUUUAAUGUACAUGUCGAAGCACUGCCAUCUUCAUCUGUGACUAAGGACCUAGUACCAACCUUUGAAGCUCUGGGGCUCUCACUACUCAAGACUCGCCCUACUCAUCGGGCCGGCCACACUUUGGACCUGAUUUUUAAUAUCGGAGUACAAACAUCUGUAUCUGCGGUAAUUGAUAUUGCCCCCAGACGCCUCCUUCACCCUCGCCGGAAUCGCUCCCCCUGGUACACUAAUGAGCUGCGGACGAUGAAGCAAGCACGAAAGCGGCUGGAACAUCGGUGGCGACGGAAACCCGACGAGGUGGCACUGUCCGCUUUCAAGGCUUUUCGCAGGUCCUACAAAUCAGCCGCCAAGGAUGCUAAAAAAUCUUACAAUUCCUCCUUAAUAGCCUCUGCUAGAUCGCGCCCAGCUCAAGUAUUCAAAAUCGUUCGUGCUUUGACCAGUCCGGCUCCCUUAGUCCAAAACCCAGCAACCACGGCUCUUACAGCAGAGGCAUUCCAGAAGUUUUUCACUGAUAAAAUCACCGUGCUUCGGCAGGAACUGCUCCCUACAGUUGAUACCUUAAGUGAGCUUGAGACUUUGUGGCCGCUUAGUGGGCCUAUCUUUGACCGAUUUACUCCGCUUGACAAGGAAGAUGUCGCUAGAAUCCUAGCUGCUGCAAAACCAACCACCUUGAUCCGUGUCCCUCCUGGCUGGUGA